AUGCCAUCCUCUUCCAACGCACCUCAUACAUCCCUCUUCCGCUUCACCUGUUAUCUACUUCCGUCCCACCUGCUGUCCCCUCUAACCUCUCACCUGCUAUCCUCUUCCGCCUCAUCUGCUAUCUUCUUCCGCCUCAUCUGCUAUCCUCUUACGUCUCACAUGCUAUCUUCUUCCGCCUCAGCUGCUUUCCUCUUACGUCUCACUUGCUAUCCUCUUCCGCCUCAUCUGCCAUCUUCUUCCGGGCCCUCUGCUGCUAUCCCUCUUACGUCUCACAUGCCAUCUUCUUCCGCCCCAGCUGCUUUCUCUUACGUCUCACUUGCUAUACUCUUCCGCCCCCAUCUGCUAUCCUCUUACGUCUCCUCUUGCCAUCCUCUUCCGCCUCCAUCACAUCCUCUUACGUCUCACUUGCUAUCCUCUUCCGCCUCACCUGCUAUCCUCUUACGUCUCACCUGCUAUCCUCUUCCGCCUCACCUGCUAUCCUCUAACCUCUCACCUGCUAUCCUCUUCCGCCUCACCUGCUCCUCUUACAUCUCCACUUGCCUAUCCUCUUCCGCCCCACCUGCUAUCCUCUUCCGCAUCACCUGCUAUCCUCUUCCCGCCAAACAGCUAUUAUCUUCCGCCUCACCUGGCCCUCUUAUGACUCACCUGAUAUCCCUCUUCCGUCUCACCUGCUAA